AUGAAUCCAUCUAAAAGACCUCUCCCGCCUCUCGCGGAAUCUAUUCGCAUCAAAAUCAAAUCGAUGAUUCCGGAUUUAUCUGGUGAACCUGCUGAGAAUCAUGCGGAACUUCUGAAAACGGAGGCAAACGGGAACAAGACGUACGGAGGAACAUUACUUGCGGAACAGAUCUCUCUCAUGUCGGGCCAACUGCCUAUUCCAGAUCCAGAGAACUGGCGUUGGCGUUUACUCUACUUCGCAGUUCCUACAACAGUCGGAACCGCGGGAAAGAAAGGAUUUCUCAUUCCACUUUCUGAGAAUGUUAUGCGCGAAGGGGCCUUGGAAGAGUGCUUUUACGUUGAGAUCACUGAUCCAGAGGUUCGCAUGCACACAGCAGCUAUAUUUUUUGUACCCAAAUGA